UCCCUCCAAAAUCCAGGUCAAACUAAAAUGGCCGCCUUUCCCAAUCAAGGCAACGUCGCUGCUCAACAGAGUUCGGACUUAAAGUACAGUUUAGUUCAUGGAUGUCAUCUUGUUGGGGGUCCCAAUAGUUUGAAAGAAAACCCCUCCGCAUUCUGGUUCUGUCCAAACAUGAAACCGUCUGAAGAUUGCGACGAGGCCAUUUUGUUAAGAGUCAAACGAAGCAGUAAUCAUGCAGAGCGGCGAGGAACGUCAACGCAACACGGGCUUCUGAAUUGAAUAAGCGAGGAGCGGUGUGAUGUAAGCGUCGACUCACGCCGCACACACGGGAAGUGGUUGAAGCGUGAGCGGCACCCGCGGCAAAGAAAGGUCCCCUGCCGCGCCGUUAGCACUCCACUGCUAACCUUGCUCAUGGAAGGCGAGCACAUCAAUGGAGUGUCACCGCUCGACCGCUAAGCUCCUUCCUCGUCUCCCGCAUCCUCAUUCCCGACACGUUUCUUUCCUUGGAGGAGGUAAAGUGCUUUUUGUUCUUGUUGUUAUCCGUCGUCGUUUCCGGGCUCGUGCGUCCACACGCUGCUGAUGUGACACACGUGCGCGCCGGCCCUUUAAGAGAAUCAUGACAACAGGGAAACGCUUCCUGUGCAGAUUUGAAUUGUUUGUUGUUGUCGUUUUCAAUAAAACAGUAUUCAUUGGCCAACUUUUCAGAAUGCCGAUGCAUUUGGUGUAAAUGUUAUUUUAUAAGUAACAGGAAAGACCAGUUUUAAACCUCAAGUAUCACAUGUGAUCCAGUUGGCAGUCUCAUUUUUUUUGUGUCCAUUUUUACCACAAGGAAAAUGUACGUAGUCCACAUUAAGCAGAUUUGCUUAGCUUCUUUGCCGGGGAGACGCUCGUGACGUCGGCGCAAGUCGUGGCUGCCGACACAAUUCGACUGACCGGUGCGCGUGUGACGUGAAUGACUGAGCGGCCGAUCGGGCAGAUUUGCAAGACUUAAGUGAUCAGUUUAAUUGCUCCACUCUGAUUCUCACUUGCUGACGACGACGCCCUGCUUUGAGCUUUCCGUAUGUUGACAUCCGGCGCAUUUGACCCAAAUUUGACACUUCUGAAGCAGCAAGCUUGCAAACUUUUUUUGCUGAAGCGCCUCAUUUUACUUUUAAACUGGACAAAUGGGCCAGGUCACCCAUUAAAAAAAAAAAAAGACCAUCAUGGGCCCUCCCGGCAUCGGCCGAGCCGUCCACCGGCUGGAGUUCUGCCACUGCAAGCAAGGACUUGGUGUGAAGAUCAUUGGGGGCUACCGAGAAAUGACAGGAGAAGACUUUGGCAUCUUCAUAAAGAGAGUCGUAGCCGGUGGACUGGCUGCGCUUGACGGUCGGCUCAAGUCGGGUGACCUGAUUGUGGACGUGAACAACAUCAGCCUGAGGGGGGUCACCAAUGAGAGGGCGGUGGAGAUCCUGAGGACCGCAUCGCUGUCCAAUCACAUGUCUCUCCUGGUUGCCAGGGACGACGACUCCAAGCGGGAGUUUUCCGAGCUGAUGGAGAAGUACUGCUCCGGUCCCUUGGCGGCGUCCGGUGGGAUCUCACCGACUCAGCAGUCCGCAGGGAAGCUGCCGGCCACCGCCACCGCCGUCGCCUCCUCGUCUGAGAGCCCCCAGCUGCUCAGCCCCAAAGAGGGGGUCUCGCUCUACAGCCCCGUGGCCACACCCGCCUUCAGCGACAGCGUGAUCCAGUUGAUCUGCAUCGCCAAGGGCAGCGGCCUGGGCCUGGUCAUCAAGGGCGGCGCCAACCGCUCCGAAGGCCCCAUGGUCUUCAUCCAGGACAUGGUGGCGGGAGGAGACUGCCAGAAGGACGGCAGGCUGCAGGUUGGGGACCAGCUGGUGUCCAUCAAUAAGGAAUCUCUCAUCGGCGUGACGUACGAGGAGGCCAGGACUAUCCUGACGCGCACCAAACUCAGACCAGAUCCCACCGUGGAAGUGGCCUUCAUCCGGCGCCGGACUUCCUCCAGCUCCAGCAGCGGUUCCCACAGUCCUGUCGUAGGCCCCUGCGGGGCCAUCAGAUGCCCCGCGCCAGUUGUGGUCACCAAGCUCGCCUGCAGCCGCAACCCGGCCAGCGAGACGCUGCCGCCCGUCAACGUCUGCCAGGUCCGAGUGAGUCCAGUCAUGAGCCAACACGCAUGCGUUUCAUCCUUAGAUGAGUCUGAUCUCAAUGUGGAUGGCGCUCAUCUGAAAGUGGAGCAAGUGGAAAAGGCUCUGGACCUACUGGGCCUGAAGCCUUCGGACGCUCAGCGCCAGGCGCUCUGGUCCCGACUGCGAAGCGAUCCGCCUGGCGUGGUGGCCUACGCCGAUUUUGAGAGCGCGACCAGGGAGGUGUUCAAGUUUCAGCCCGACGGGCUGACCGCCGCCCAGCCGGGGUCAAGGUUCACGUCUGAGGACCUGUUGAAUCUGCUGGAGGUGCCCGCCAGCCGCCGGUCAACGUCCGAUUGGGCCGACGCGGCCGAGAUGGACCGACUGAGGAAGGAGAACGUGGAGGCUCUGCGGGAGGUCAAAAGGCUGCAGGAUCAGCUGCUGGAGUCUCACAGGGUUCAGCGGCAGAUGGAGGAAGAGCUGGACAGCGUCAGACAGGAAGCCAAGGCGGCCGCGGAGGAAACGCAGGCGCUGCGGGCACGGGCGGAGCUGGCCGAGGAGGCCCGCAAGCAAGCCCGCGGGAUGGAGAUGGACUAUGAAGAGGUGGUCCACCUGCUGGAAGCCGAGAUCGCCGAGCUGAAGACUCGGGGGGGCAAAGAGCCUCUUCAUCCUCCUCCUGCUCCUCGCCUGGACAAUAAGGAGGACGUCGAGCAACUGAAGAAGGCGGCGGCCGUGCUGCAAUGCCAGCUGCGGAAGAGCGACGCCGCCAAGAAAACGUUGGAGACGGCGACCGCAAAACUGCUGACGUUCGUCGCGAAUGUUCAAGAGUUCCUGCUUGAAGGACUCGGGCCCACCAGCUGCGCAGACGUCAAGGGGCCCUCGAAAGGCGGACCCUCGCGACACGAGAGCUCGUGGACCGCGGCGGCGCUGGCCAAGGAAGCGCACCACCUGAGGACCAGCGUCGGGAACUUCCUGGACGUGGACACCCCGCCCGCAUGCGCCCCCUAGUGGACAUCCGCCUCUGUCGCGAGGGAGUGCCCUCCCCGUUUCGACACUCGCCGUCGCUCACCGCGUGGAGCAGCUCAGCCACGUUGCCUCGCUUCUUCUCCGUAGACGCCACGUGUGCUCUUCGAACCUGCAUGCGCUUCACCAAAACUGCAUCUGUGUCUCUUUUCAGUCAGGAAAGUAGCACUCGACACUCGUGUACUGUGUAAAAACGUUUCGUCGUCAUCAUAACGAUUCCCUAGGAUGGAAUGAAAUACACCCGUUUCUACUCGUACUUGACAUGCAUAAUUUCAAUGGACAUUGUGCUGGUCCUCGUGCUGUGUGCGCCGCGCCCACGAGCGAGACGCCAUCAUACACAAAGAAGACCGCCAAAAAUCAGCCGCAGUAGUAUUCCACUUAUUUUUUUGGGCAGAGCAUAAAGAACAGAGGCCUGUCGCUCUUGCGAUUUGGCCGUCUGUGUUUCUUGCUGCACUGUUUGUGUUCAAAUCUCUGUUUUCAACAUUUACAAAGACAUUAAUGCUCGGAUGAAGUUUUACACACACACACACACACAGUAUUUCAGUGUGUGUGUGCGUCAGGUGGGGGGGAUGACGGGACAAGAUGAUGAUGGUAGGAUUCAUAAAGGAACUGUCAACAAAAGUCUUUUGGGGCCUUAUGUCAGCCACUUGCAAAAAGAUCACCCUCACCUAAUUAGCACGAGCACACACACACACACACACACACACACACACACACACACACGCCAGGUUGAUGAUGAUGAUGGUGGUGGCCAUAUGUGAUGAAUAGAGUCCCAAGAAAGAAAGUAGGUCAUGUGGAUGCAGGAGAGUUUUCCUUCCAUGUGCUUUUCAUCACGUCGCCUGUUGCUAGGAUACCUGAUGGCGCUUGGCACAUGCGUGUCAAGAUGGAGGAGACGUACUGUCGGUCGGCAGGCGUUUUUCGGCACAAAGCCCAAUUCAUAGUUGGAGUUUGUUUUCCAAGCAGGAUUGUUUGUUUGUCUUUGUCAAGUCCAAACUUGCCAAUAAAGUUUGUCUUGCUGUGA